AUUUUCUCCUGCGUUUACCAUUGUUCAUUGCUUGGCUACUUGGUCACCGAGUGAACUUUAGUUACGCCUGGUCCUCCUGAAGUUCUUGCUUUGUUCGAUCUUGGAUUGAGCUUCAAGUUAUGGGCCUAGGUUUCUUUAGUACAUCUUCGAACAAGCUUCAAGUCCUAAGACAACCAACCCACUUUUAAAUCACCCAAUGUUGCUUCUUCUUUUUCUCCUUGUUUUGAAUUUUUCGUCCUCAUGGGCAGAUUCGGAUUCAGUCUACAAAUCAUUUCUACAAUGCUUCAGAAACCAAUCCAAGCCAUUGGGUCAAGUCUCCAACAUUAUCUUCUCCCUCUCCAAUUCUUCCUACUCAUCUGUUUUGCAAGCUUACAUUCGAAAUGCUCGUUUCAAUUCUUCUUCCACACCAAAACCAGUAAUUAUUGUCACCCCAUUGAUUGAAUCCCAUGUCUCAGCAGCCGUAAUAUGUUCCAGAAAUGUUGGCUUCCAACUCAAAAUCCGAAGCGGUGGCCAUGAUUUUGAAGGGUUAUCUUACAUUUCCGACAAGCCCUUCAUCAUUCUUGACAUGUUCAAUCUACGCUCCAUAUCUAUCAAUUUGGAAGAGGAGUCUGCUUGGGUUGGGGCUGGCGCUACUCUUGGUGAACUUUAUUACAAUAUUUGGCAAAAGAGCAAAGUCCAUGGAUUCCCUGGAGGGGUCUGCCCAACGGUUGGGAUCGGCGGCCACAUAAGUGGUGGUGGUUAUGGCACUAUGCUGCGGAAGUAUGGUCUAUCAACAGACAAUGUGUUGGAUGCAAAGAUAGUUGAUGUUAAUGGCAAGAUUCUUGACAGAAAGGGCAUGGGAGAAGAACUUUUCUGGGCAAUUAGAGGUGGUGGAGGAGCAAGUUUUGGUGUGGUCCUUGCAUACAAGAUAAAACUUGUUUUAGUCCCAGAGACUGUUACCAUUUUCACAUCCGAAAGAACUUUGGAUCAGAAUGCAACUGAUAUUGUUUUCCGGUGGCAAUCUGUUGCUCCAACAAUAAACAAUAAUCUAUUUAUGAGGAUGGUUUUGCAGCCAUUAAGGAGAAACAAGCAGAAAACAGUUAGAGCAUCGAUCUCGUCAUUGUAUUUAGGGGAUGCAGAUAGUCUUGUGAAGCUGUUGGGAAAGGAUUUCCCUGAAUUGGGUUUGAAGAAAGAAGACUGUAUGGAAAUGAGUUGGAUUGAAUCCGUUGUUUGGUGGGCUAAUUUCGAUCACGCAGCAUCACCUGAUGCACUGCUUAGUAGAAAUUACAUUGUUCAUUUCUUCAAGAGGAAGUCAGAUUAUGUACAGACUCCCAUUUCUAAAGAUGGAUUGGAAUGGCUAUGGAAAAGGAUGAUUGAAUUGGGAGAACCAGAACUGGUUCUGAAUCCAUAUGGAGGCAGAAUGAAUGAAAUCAAAGCAACAGAUAUUCCAAUGCCUCACCGAGCAGGGAAUUUGUUUAAGAUUCAAUACACUGUGACUUGGAAUGCGGCUGGAACUGAGGCAGAAAGGAACUACACAACUCUGGUGAACACACUUCAUGGUUACAUGACUCCCUUUGUGUCCAAAAAUCCCAGGAGAGCCUUUUUUCCCUAUCGUGACAUCGACAACGGCAUCAGUAAAACAGGCACCUACGAAGAAGGUAAAGUUUACGGGCUGAAGUAUUUUAAUCAGAACUUUGAGAGAUUAGUGGAUGUGAAGACUGCAGUUGAUCCAGAGAAUUUCUUCAGGAAUGAGCAGAGCAUCCCUCCACGCACAAGGAAAGCAUAAAUUCUGAGUAUUAAUCCAUUAUACACGUCUGGUAUAUUUCCCCAGUUUAUAACAAAUGAAUAAAAUUAGUUUGGGCCUACUGUGUCAGAAACUUAGUGGCUUAGCUGGCAAGCAAGAAUGAAAUUGUUCAAAAUUA